GACACGGACACCAAGAUGGUGCAAGAACAAUCGCUGCUGCUCGACUCGGCGAUCCGGGACUGGGUCCUGAUCCCGAUUCUGAUCGUCAUGGUCCUCGUCGGCCUGGUCCGGCACAAUGUCACGCAGCUCAUCACCUCGACGACGCCCCGGGCCGAGCAGCCCGAGGUGCUGCGCCAGCAGCGCAUCAUCACGCGUAGUGCGCAGCUGCGCGCCAACCGCGUCCACCUCGCCCCCGCUGCGUUCCAGCAGCGUCUCGAGUGGCUCAGCGACCGCCUCGGCGAUGGCUCCUACGUCGUCGUCGAGGAAAAAAAGGCCGGCGCAGAGGACGACCUGCCCAAGAACCCGCUGAGCGACCCCAACCAGAUGGAAAAUAUGAUGGAGCAGAUGAAAAAGAGCAUGGUGCAGAUGGUGCCCCAGACGCUCAUCAUGGGCUGGAUCAACUACUUUUUCACCGGCUUUGUCCUCAUCCGGCUGCCCUUUCCCCUCACGCUCCGCUUCAAGCUCAUGCUCCAGAGGGGCAUCGACACGCCCGACAUGGACGUCACGUGGGUCAGCAGCAUCAGCUGGUACUUUCUCAACCUCUUUGGCCUCAAUGCCAUCUUCCGCCUCAUCCUCGGCGACGACAAUGCCGCCGAUGGGACACGGGACAUGGCCGCCAUGUCGGCGAUGGGCCAGGGUGCCAUGGGCCAGGGCAUGAGCCCCAUGGGCCCCCAGCAGCCCGACUACGCCAAGCUGCAGGGCCAAGAGAAGGAGAGCCUGGACCUGGCAGGCAGCGACAAGCGCACAAAGUGGAUCGGCCAGGGCAUCGAGCAGAGGGUCCUAACUAUGUAUCGCCAGCGCCUCUGAAUGCAAUUGAUGCGCAUUAGUGUCUGUUGUUACU